AUGGCCCUGGAGCGGGCUCUGCAGGCCGCCCGCCAGGGCGACGUGGACACGCUCAAGGCGCUGCAGGCGGACGGGCAGCUGCAGCCGGCCGCGCUGCGGGACCCGCUGGGCGCCUCGCCGGCUCACCACGCGGCCCGCGCCGGGAAGCUCAACUGCCUGCGCUACCUGGUGGAGGAAGCGGCGCUGGCCGGCACCGGGCGCGCGCGCAACGGGGCCACGCCGGGCCACGACGCCGCCGCCACCGGCAACCUGGCCUGCCUGCAGUGGCUGCUCACCCAGGGCGGCUGCCGAGUCCAGGACACGGACAAUUCCGGGGCCACCGUCUUGCACCUGUCUGCCCGGUUCGGCCACCACGAAGUGAUUGACUGGCUCCUGCGCUUUGGGGGCAGCGACCCGCUAGCGGCCACGGACACAGGGGCUUUACCUGUUCACUACGCAGCAGCCAAAGGAGACUUCCCUUCCUUGCGACUCCUCAUUGGGCAUUGUCCCAGCUCAGUCAGUGCUCAAACCAAGAACGGUGCCACACCCCUCUACUUAGCUUGCCAGGAGGGCCACCUGGAGAUCAUCCAGUACUUGGUCAAGGACUGUGGAGCGGACCCCCACGUACGCGCCAACGACGGGAUGACCCCCCUCCACGCCGCCGCCCAGAUGGGCCACAACACCAUCAUCGUCUGGCUGAUGAGUUUCACCGACAUCAGCCUCUCAGAGCAGGACGACGACGGCGCCACCGCCAUGCACUUUGCCGCCAGCCGCGGCCACGCCAAAGUGUUGAGCUGGCUGCUCUUGCACGGCGGGGAGAUCACCACCGACAACUGGGGCGGGACCCCCUUGCACGACGCAGCGGAGAACGGCGAACUGGAGUGCUGUCAAAUUCUCGUGGUGAACGGCGUCAACUUGGGGAUCCAGGACCAGGACGGCUACACGGCCGCCGACCUCGCGGACUACAACGGGCACGUGCACUGCGCCAAGUACCUGCGCACGGUGGAGAACAUGAGCGUGGAGCACCGGGUCCUUUCGCGCGACCCCUCUGCCGACCUGGAGUUCAAGCACCCCGACUCGGGCAUGUCCUCUCCCAACACCACCAUGUCUGCCCCACAGGCCCACUUCGACCUUGGAUCGCCCAGCAGCACUCUCUCCAACUACGACUCUUGCAACUCCAGCCAAUCCAGCACCGGGGAGAAACGGAACAGCCAGGCCUCCCGAAUUCCCGAAACGACUAUCACAGAUAUGCAAACGUAUAUGGACAUGCUGAACCCAGACUCGGGGCCGGGGGACGGCAAGAAAGGCGACGAAGCUUCCCCACCGCCGCCGCCCAGUUUCCCGGCGCCUCCUCCGCCCCCCAAUUCCAAGGUGCCCCCUCCUCCUCCCGGCUACCCAGCGCCAAACCCUCCCGAGCUCCAGCACACGGCCGAGAUCUACGUGCAGGCAAAGAACAAACUCCGGCACGUGGAGAGCGAAGUGCUGAAGAGGGAGCUCACUUCCCUCGAGAGCAGCCCAGAACUGCGGCGUGUUGACUCCAGCAGGAAGUCACGAAAUUUCAACAAGCAGCCCAGCACCGGGGAUUAUUAUAAACACCUGGGCAGCGGGAGCGCCGGGGAGCACACAGGGAACAACCACAAGAUGGCGCAUAGCGAAGAGGCGUCCCUUCUGUCCGAUGACAACGUGCAAAAUGGAAGCACGGCUGAGAAUAAGCCUUCCGGAGAGGUGCCUCCCCCUCCUCCUCCCCCGCCACUCCCCGAGGGUGCCUGCCCACCACCGCCACCCCCUCCACUGCCAACGGAGAACCACCCGUCCUCGGCUAGCCAGCGGCGGUCAUCUUCCUCCACCGGAAGCACCAAGUCCUUCAACAUGAUGUCCCCAACCGGUGACAACUCUGAGCUGCUGGCAGAAAUCAAGGCUGGGAAGAGCCUGAAACCCACCCCACAAAGCAAGGGGCUCACCACCAUCUUCUCCGGCAGUGGCCAGGUUGGCACCAACGUUGAGAUCCCCCCAUCUUCCCUGCCCCCUAGCAGGACACCAACUCCGCCCUCCACUCCCGAAGCGGCGUCCGCGCCCAGGUUGGCCGCCUCGCCCGAGCCGGUUGUCAACGGCUCCUCACCGCCGCUCGUCUCCUCGGCCCCAGCUGGCCAGGUGGACAUAGAGGCCCUGAUCCCCACCCAUGAUGAGCAGGGGCGCCCCAUUCCCGAAUGGAAGCGCCAGGUCAUGGUGCGCAAGCUCCAGAUGAAAAUCCAGGAGGAGGAAGAGCAGAGGCGCAAGGAGAGAGAGGAAGAGGCCCGCUUGGCCACCAUGCCAGCCUGGCGGAGGGACAUCUUUCGCAAGAAGAUGGAGGAGGAGAGAGAGCAAAAACGAAAAGAACAGGAGAAGCUGAAGCGAGAAGAGGAGGAGAAGGAGAAGGAACAGUCGGAAAAGCUAAGGACUCUUGGGUACGAUGAGACAAAACUGGCCCCUUGGCAGAGGCAGAUCAUCCUCAAAAAAGGAGACAUAGCAAAGCACUAGGGACCAGGCGCCCCCCUGCCCCCCGCCCCCCCCCCCGGCUGCCGCCUCUGCUGUGCUUUGGGACGCUUCCUUCCUUUAGAUCUCAGAGCUUGUGACUUGUUCGAGAGGGAGAGGGAAGCUUCUGCCCUCUUCCUGUUUCUGGGCUUAUCUCUUCUUCCAGCAAAAUCACACACGCUGUCAACCCCACAAUUGCUCAUUGACUUUCUUCCUCACCAUCCCUCCCCGUGGCUCCCUAAAAGUGAGGACAGGCAAAACAUUCUAAGUGUGACCGAAGCGAUUUCAAAGCGUCUUCGCUGCCUAAAGGUGCGUGUACAUCUUCCAAACCCGGAACAAAAGAGGAAAACUAAAAGCACCCCAAGUUUCCAGCAGGUCAGGAAUAGCUGGCUCUGAUAAGCACCGCUGGGCUAGCAUCUGUCACAUCACCAACCCAUGACACACACACACCCAAUUACAGUUUUGCAGCUGUUUGUGGUUUUGUUUUAAAUUAAGGUUGAUGACAGAUACAUGUCAUUUUUAAAAAUAUUAUUGGCGGCAGCAGCAGGAGAGAGUUGGAUAACUGCCGGCAGGACAUGGGAAGGGCAAAUCUCAAGGAUGAGUUGUGCGACAAAGUGAAGUUGCAAAGCCAGGUUCGUAUGAUUCGGGAGGGGGGGGGGAAUCCGCUGUUCAGAAUGCUACAUCUGUCUUCACCCUAAGUCUGAACUGAAAAACAAAGCUAGCCACAUGGCAACCGUAGCAUCUUAUAACACCCCUUUUUUUGGCAUGAUAACUGCUAUCUGUGCAAUAAAAGAACUUCUCCGUGUUUGACCCUCGCUUCUGUCUUAGCUAAUGCUCUCCCCGCCUCCCUGUUUGCCAGGGCUGAAGCCGAGCCACGUCAUGUGCAAUUGGGCUCAGCAUUCCGCAAAUCUCUGCUCUAUUAUUACUAUUUCUAAUCACGUUUCUGGCCCUUAUGCCUGUGAAGGUAUGCAUGGAAGUGAGUGGGCCAUUCCUGCUCUGAAGAUGGGUGCGGCUGAAUAAAGAAAGACCAGCGCUUUGCCAUCACCAUUACUUGCAGAGAAAAGCAAUGCACCGUUACUUGCUACGCAAGUACCAAUUCUACAAAAUGAGAUUCUGGAAACCUUUUUUUCUCUUUUUCUAUUGACAUAAUUUAUGUAGGUUGAAGAGUCUGACUUUCCUUGGUGCAGAAGUGGGGUGGAGAAUUGCAACUUUUCUUUUAAGCUCUGUAAGUAACAGGUUGUGCAACCUUAUAUGUAUGUGGAGGCCUGCCCUCAGCGGGGCUUGUUUCAGAAGUUUUCUACGCAAGGCUGUUAAUCCGCUGUAUCUCCUUUCGGUUUCGACACAGGAUUGCGAUCCAAGCACUAAACGAAGAGUGUUUCCUUUCCUGCUUUUCUGGUACAUAACCUCUAGGUGGCACUGUGGGAUAGCAGAAGAGCGCAAACACACAUGAAAAAAGCGGUUUCUUUCACUUUUAGAAUGAAAUACCACAUUUUCUCUGUUCUUAAAAAAAAAACCUCGCUGAAAGUGCUCUUUGGACACAGAAGUGAAACUGGUCAUGACAUCAUUUAAAGAACCUGUAAACAACUGUGAAUAGGUAAUGAUGAGCACACAAUAAAUGCCUUGUGUAGAAAAGUGCUCAGUGGUAAAGGAAAGUUGUUUUUGAAAACGUGGUAAUUAAAGCAGGUCUGGGCCUCCAUGGCAAGGAAUCCAAUGGCACCCUACAGCAUCCUAUUUCCCUCGGUUCUUUCUUCUUGGCUGGCUUCAGACUUCCCCUUUCUAGAUUAUAUGUUUCUGCAAGCUUCCACUCAAAUAGUUGUAGGUAAGAAUACCAGGGCUUAACAUGCAGAGAUCCUCAAAUGCUGUAUACAUACAUUAACCUGCGAUGCUGGCUGGGGAUGCUGGGAUUUGUAGUCCAAGACAUCUGGGAGGCACCAGGUUGGCAGAGGCUGCAUUAAACGAACUCUCAAACCUCCCGGCGUCUUUCCUGCUAGAGCCUUGUAGAAGAAGAGUAAAUCCCUUUGUCCUGCGGAUGUACUUUUUUUCUCUUUUUUUAAUUUUGCAAAGGAAAAACAAAACAAAAGCUGAAACAGGCAUUUUUUUCAAAGCAAAGACUUGGAUGCUUGUAAAAAGAAGUCACGGGAAUUCGGAGGGACUAAGGCAAAGAUUCCCCUUCAACUGCCGUAUUGACUGAUGUGUCUUGAUCAUUAGAGCAGAACAGUUCAUUCAUGGCUUCUUCUUAUUUUUUUUUGGGGGGGGGGGGUAUAUUUUCUUUUCUAUACGUUUUUGUCUCGUCU